AUGGCGAGAUUGUUUGUCCACGCAUCAACUCUUCGUAUCACACUUCUUCUGCUGUCUGCUGUGACGCUGGUUUACUUGAUCUUCUACCUCGUAUGGGAUGAUUCUGUUUCCUGUGAGCAUCCACGUAGCCAUGCUGGACAUGAGCACAGCGUCAAGAGCUGGCAGGAAGUGGAGCUCAGUCAGGGAGAUUUUAUGGACCAGCACCACGUACCUGCAGGAAUGGGUAUCUGGCUAAAAGAUCGCAACAUUCAGAUCAUAAGUGCUAUCCAUGAUCUCCACCACCCUAAACAAUCUGAGAUUCGCAUAGUUCUGCCAUCAUUUCUGCAACACUCAUCACAAAGAGAAUUUGUGUGCUGUUUUCAUUUAUCAGCUAAAUCAGAUAAGUAUAUAGAGGUACCUGCUGGAUUAGACUUCAUUGACCUGAGAUUCAUCGUUGACAUACAGAACGCAGCAUUUGAUUGUGUCCUGAAACAUUCUGAGACUGCUGGUGACCAUCGGAUCAAGUUUGUCUCCUUCGCACCACGUACAUGUCAGGAAGACCUGUCUCUUCCAUUGACAGUUGUCUACCCUGUACGCAGAAGUUGGGAGUUUGCCGUGUGUACCAAGGUUGCUUAUGCAAGGCUUGAACCUGUACGCUUGGUGGAAUGGUUUGAGUACAUGCGCCUGAUUGGAGCCAGUAAGAUUGUGACAUUCCACAACAACCUACACUCGGAUUCGAGGCGGGUGUUUGACUUCUACGCAGCCACUGGAUUCCUGGAGCUGAUAGAAUACAGGCCUCAGACACAGAAAAGUAGGAUCUUGUACAAGGAGAAGAACUCACAGACUAAUGGAGCAAGGCAGGAGAAGACGCUGGUGGUGAGGGACUGCCAGUACAGACUGGGCGGCUACGAUUUUGUUAUCACUAUUGACUUUGAUGAACUACCAGUCCCUGCUCGGCCUUACAGGACUUUAAAUUCCAUAAUUCAGAACUUGCUUAGAAACAACAGCAAGGCUGCAGCUUUCCGUAUGGAUCCCAUUCUUCUACCACCAGAGUGGCAGAAACCUGCACAAGAUCUGUACCACUGGCAGUUUUCUAUGGGGACCUACAUUGCCCCGCACUGUGUCAAGUGGGCUUAUCUUCCUGCUCACACAUGGCUAGCCACUACACACGACGUGACUCCAAAGGAAGGCUAUAGCAACUAUGUGAUCCCCCAUGAUGUUCUCUACUUUCUACACUUCCGCUCCUGCAAGGCUGACUGGCAAGGUGUGCACUGCAAGAAUUUGACCCACACUUUUCACAACGAGGUGAUGCUGAAGCGGUUUCAUGGAGAUGUGGUACGAAACCUGAGGAAGCUCCCCCUGGAAAACUUAAUACCAGACAAGGAAUAUGUCCAGCUUGUUCGGGCUGGGGUUAAACCUGGUCCUAACACAGAUCACUUGGAUGAUGAUCCCUUUGUUGGCUUGCUGCUUACGGAUCAGUGA